AUGUUGUCGCGCUCAUCCUCCACAGAGCCCGUUGCAAUGGACUGCGCCUCCCAGCUUCGUGCAGCGCUGGAGGAUGUCGCCGGAGCCACGUGGUGUCCGGCGCUGCACUUCACCAAGCUGGAAGAGGCCAAAGAAGCGCUGCAGUGGAUCGUGGAUGUGCCGUUGGCCUUCAUCUCGUUGGGCGAUGGUUUGUCCUUGGCACAAGGUGUCCACACAUGGCUCAACGACCCGAUGAGUGGCGUGGUCUCUCGACGAGCUGAGACCUGGUGCAGCUUCGAGGUGGAAGAGUUCUCGAAGAGAAACCUCAAAGACAUGGCCAAUGAGGUAUGCCUGAAAGCCUUGGCUCAGACGACCUUCGACAAGCGCUGCCUGGUACUUCCGUCGCAGUCAGUCCCAAGCACGGUGGACGUGGUUGUGGUGGGUGCCGGGUUGCUUGGCAUGCUCACGGCGCAACGGUGUACAUCAGCUGGCUUCAGUGUGGCAGUGCUGGAGCAGCGUCCGGUGAUUGGAGGAAUUUGGUCCAUGUAUGCCAACAGCACCUCACAGGUGAACAGCUCAGAAGGUGGCUACUGCAUUAAGGAUCUUCUCCAAGAGGAGGAGGAUGGCAGUCAUGACAACCGCGACCACAGCACUGCUGCAGAAGUUCUGAAAGACUUGGCCAAGCUAGGUGAUCAAUUGAAACAGCACAUCUUCACUUCUGUAAAGGUCAUGAAGAUUCUGGGCGAACAGGGCAGCUACACGGUGCUCUUCGAAAACGAAUUGGCGCAAGGUGCUGGGAUCGUUCAGUGCCGUGGUGUGGUGCUGUGCGUCAACGACCGUGUUGGGUUACCGAGACCACUGGAUGUGCCUGGGAAAGAGAGCUUCCAGGGAGUGGUAGCUGAUGGCACAUCAGAUUCACUGGCAGGCGUAGAUUGGUGUGGCAAGCGAGUCGUCAUUGCUGGAAUGGGCGCAUUUGCUGUGGAGAAUGUGCGUACCGCCCUAGAAAGAGGCGCAGCAGAGGUCGUCGUGGUGGCCCGUCGUCAUGGCACCAUUUGUCCCAAGGCCAUUGACUAUUUGAACUUUGUGAAACCAUGGGAUGAGAAGUACAAGCAUGACACGCAGACCAAUGUGAAACAGUUCUUGCGGUGGAAGCAGCUCUACGAAGCAUCUGGCUGUCAAGUGCCUGAAUGUUGGCCUAAGCAGGUGAAACAUGACGGCCACACCAUUUCAGUGAGCGACAUUUGGUUCAUUGCCCAUCACAUGAAGAAGCUGACCACCAAGACAGGUACGAUCAAUCGCAUUGAGAAAGAGGGCGUGGUGUUGUCGAGUGGAGACUUCAUGGCAUGUGACGUGGUGGUGGGCUGUAUUGGCUUCGAACGAUCCAACACACUGUGCGAAUGGCUCACGGGGCGCAAGGAGGUGAAGACCACAAACUAUUUGGAUCAGCACAUGAUGUACUUGGCCGACGCAGAGAUCGACGAAGGUGCAUUCAACUCCUUCUUCGGCUCUUCGGUCUUGGAGUAUGGCAAGUUCUUCACCAAUGUCUUCGUGGAGGGCCUCAAGCGGCCAGACGUCUUGGCUCAGCAGCUUUGGGGCGAGCACACCACAUCGGUGCCGAUUUCACAGAGGAAGUGGAAUCAGUACAUUGCUUCUGCCAUGAAACUCAUUGACGCAGAUGAUCAGAUUGCUCAACAUGCUCAACAACAGGUCGACAUGCGCACGAAGCAUUUCUACCGCACAAUGCCUCCCAAGAGUUUUGUGGCCGUGAACCGCCGGGAAUGGGAGGAGUUGCAUCAACGGCUUAACGGAGGGGAGCCUGCCGCGCCUGAUGGUGCCACUGACCCUGAGUGGGCAGUCCUCCCAGAUAAACGGGAAGGAAAGUGGCGGCUCCUCAAGCUCGGAACAACGGCUUCCAAUAGCCGAUGCAGCAUUGGGGACGAUGAGAAGCACAAAGGCCGUCAUUUUGCACCGCUCCACAAAAUCUACUUUUAUGACGCGUGGCGGGUCAACCCGAUCUCAGAUUUGCGCAUGGCUGUCAAAUCGAAGCCAAGCAAGCCUGCCCCAAUUGAGGAGGCAUCCGAAAUCACGCCGGGCGCCACAGUGGCGACCAGCCUAUCUUUGCCAGAUGUCAAGAUGACUCCCAGGCUUCUGGAAACUGAGGUUGAAGCAGAAUUGCUGCAGACUGCUCCAACAGAUCCAGCCAUGCCGGAUGAAGGCCUGGUUCAAGCGUUGCUGGCGUGUGCGGUGGCGGGCUUCCUCUUCAUCACUCUUGUGUAUCGUGCACCCCAUGCCAAGGCCCCGACCACCGCCCCGACGACCCCGGCGAAAAGCGCCAUUGCUGCGCCGCCGCCGCGGCCGCGGCCGACCGAGCGGACGACGCCAGUGCCGGAGCCGGAGCCACCGGUGACGCUGGAGGAAGAUGCUGCGCGGGUGAAACGAGCCGAUCGGCUGGCGCCGUUGCGCUUGGAGCUGUCGCUGUGCGGGAACUUUGCAGAGCAGCGACUCCAGCUGACCAGUGCUUUGUUGGCUGGGCUUCUGCUGGGUGCUCAGGUGGUUUUGCCGUCCCAGAUGGCUAGUGGACGUGUGACAUUCGGCGAGCUAUUUGACACUGAAAUCCUGUUGCACUUGGUGCCUGUGGCCUAUACCAGAUACUGGUGUGUCAGGAGGAACUGGACAGCUCAUUCCGUCUGGUGUGGACAAGACUGGCUUCCUGGCGUUUUGACGCGUGAGGUGGUGGAGGAGUUAGAAGCUGAAAACAAGGCGCCGCAGGCCCCCUGGGCGAAGAUGGCGCUGCCAAAGGACCGAACGGCCGCAGACUUGCCGAGACUGGGUGAGGAGUUGUGGAGGAGGCUUUUGCCCAAGGGGCUGCCGGAGGAUGGAACGCUGAAGACCAGCAGUGCCAUGCUCCUGAAGGUUGACUGCAACUUCUAUCAGCAGGUCAAUAUCAGCGAGCCAGAUAGUGCUUUUAGGUUCUUCUGGGAGAUCUCGGACGCGUUGGUCCCUGCGGAGAAUAUUUAUGAGAUUGUGGAAGCCACGAAGAGGAACAUCUUCAAGGGCUAUGCCCUCCAAGCGGAGAAGAAGUCCAAGUUAUUGGGCUACCAAAAUACCGAGGAGGUGAGCUUUGGCAUGUUGGAGUUGACGAACGAGGAGUGCUCAGAGCCCUGCGUUGACGUAGGCAAUGUGCUGCUCUCCGAGGGUGUCUCGCCCUUCAUGCCGAUCUACGUGACCGGGGCCGCGCUGUUGUCCUCGGCCUCAGCCAGGAGGCUGGUGCUGGACAAGGUCUAUACAGUGGUCACCAAGCAGAUGCUGGAGCUCCGCGUCGCCUCGCGUGCGGAGGAGCUUGUGGAGGCGAUCGACUUCAUCCUGGCCAAGCACGCCAGCAUGUUCUCCGGGCCCUCGGGAUCUAUCUCCUCCUCCUUGGCGACCUUGACCCGUCUCCAGCUGGGCCGUCCCGCCUUUCACUACGAUGGAGGAACGACGCUUCUGGAAUUUCAAGAGAUUUUGAGACCAAAGAAGUCUACAACUCUGCCCGUUUUUCGAUACCCAAUCAAAUGGGUGUUUUCCCUUGCCGCACGUGCCAAGAUUUCCUCCGCCUGGAACAUGAGCCUGGCUGCAGUCAGAAGUUCGGCGGUCCAUGGGGAUGCUGUGGUUCCGGUGUGCCUCACUGACGCAGAGCCAGAGAGUGUGAUGGUGAAAGCAUUGAUCCAGUUGGGUGUGCGGGUCUUGCAUCAUUUGCCUUCUUGGGCAGACACUGCUUCUGCUGUGUGGAGGCAAUGGAAGAGCAAGUCGGAGCGGAAGUGGAAAUUCACGUUUCCCGAGUUCGACGAUUUGAAGGGCGCAUGCAUGCGCUUGGAUGUUCCAGUGGUAGGGAUCCUGGACCCCUUGGUGCUCUACACCGAUGUGGACAUUCUCUUCCACGAGCGGCUUGAGUGGCCGAAGAUCCUGGGACUGACGGAGCAUGGUGACCGAGAUCAGGAGGCCUUGCAUGCCUUGGCGCACAGUACGGAGUACGGUACCUUCACUCACCCCAGUGGCGGCAUACCGGAGUUCUUCAGCAUGGCUACGGAACUCAUCCAGAGCUACAAUGUGGAGAAGACCGACACGGGCGUGAUGCUCAUGAAUCUGCGAAACUUGCAGAAGACCUAUGUCAACUUCACUCAGUUCCUCUUCAACCGGAAGAAAGCAUGGGAUUAUGUGCCCUCCGAUCCCUGCAACUACAAGGCCUUCUAUCGCAGCAACAAAGGCAAGCUGCUUUCUGGGUCUCUUCCCUUCGCCAUGAGUUGGAAGCCCUGGUGGGAGGUGAGCAGCGACGUUCUCAUUACACACUUCCAUGGUCCCAAAUGCGAUUCGGAUAUUUUGCCCUAUGUCUACGAAGGGAUGGUCCGUUUUGAGCCCUUUCGCUCGUUCUUGGAGAAGUGCUCGAAAGAGAAGCAGUGUCAGAAGCUCUGUCAAUAUUACCAAUCUUACCUGCACUCGGUCUAUCGGAGCUUGCGGAAAGCUCAUUUGGUCCUUUCAUGA